ACUCGGACAUCAUCAUUUCAUCAUAGGUAAUUAUGCAAAUAUUUUACUUACAUAACAAUGCACGAAUAGCAAAAAUUUAAGGUCGCAUGAAACAAAAAAACAUCAUCGUGAUCGCGACACACCUCUACUCCAUUCACGAUCCAAUUUUCGCCAGUCAAAGCUAUAACUUGAUGAUUUACGACUCAUUUUCCUUUAACUGACCUCCGCUUGCAGUAGUGUUUGCGUAGAGGCUCGACCGGCAACCAGUUUUUCCAUUCCUUAGCACGAUCUGACCCAAUAUUGUCUGAAGCCAGUUACCGUCCAUCUUACUAAGUGUUUCGUCGUGUUUUGUAUUGUGGCAUGAUGUUGCUGAGGAAAAUGUGCCGGACUUCUCACGCGAUUAAUAUUUAUAGGACGUAUAGUGUAAACGGCGGCAAGCAGGCUCCACCAAAAAUUUUAAUUACCGGAGGCCUAGGUCAGCUCGGCGUCGAAUGCGCCAAGUAUCUUCGAGGAAAAUACGGUCGAGAAAAUGUCAUCCUCUCAGAUAUCAUCAAGCCAAUGCCGGACGUCGUUAAAGAUGGCCCUUACAUCUUCGCGGACAUUCUCGACUUCAAAGGCCUGCAGAAAAUCGUCGUCAACCACAGAGUUGAUUGGCUCAUCCAUUUCUCGGCAUUACUCAGCGCUAUAGGAGAACAGAAUGUUCCUCUAGCGGUCCGAGUGAAUAUAGAAGGAAUGCAUAAUGUUAUAGAACUGGCGAAGCAGUAUAAACUGAGAAUCUUUGUCCCCAGCACGAUUGGAGCCUUUGGUCCUGAUUCUCCUAGAAAUCCUACUCCUAAUAUAACUGUACAGAGACCUAGAACAAUUUAUGGCGUGUCAAAAGUGCACGCAGAAUUAAUAGGAGAAUAUUAUUUUUAUAAGUUUGGUUUGGACUUCCGGUGCUUGAGGUUCCCGGGGGUUAUCUCUAGUGAUCCGCCCGGCGGUGGCACCACCGACUAUGCUAUUGCAAUUUUCCACGAUCUCAUUCGCAAGGGCAACUACGAAUGCUACCUGAAACCCGACACGCGACUGCCCAUGAUGCACGUGCGAGACGCCCUCCGUGCCCUCUCGGAGUUCCUCGAGACUCCCAACGAACUGCUUAACAGGAGGGUCUACAAUGUCACUUCCAUGAGCUUCACUCCGGAAGAACUGUCUGAUAAGAUAGCUAAAUAUGUUCCUGACUUGAAGAUCACGUACCGUCCCGACAGCAGGCAGGAUAUUGCGGACUCUUGGCCCCAAGUAUUCGACGACAGCGAGGCGCGCCGCGACUGGAACUGGAAGCCUGAGGUGAACCUCGACAACUUGGUAGCGCUCAUGAUGAAGGAGGUCAAAGAGAAGAUUGCAGCUAAUGGUUUAUGAGCUGAUGUUUAGUUAUUCUUAGAGAGGGCCGUUUGCACCAAACCAUUCUGCAAUCGUAAUGCUGCUGGCUGGGUAUAGAUAACCUGGCAGUAGACUAGUUCAAAUUUAUCUGUAGCUACUAUCAUCUUCAGACCAGGGGGCCUAGCCAAGAUGACAGUCGUACAUCGACAAACGCAAAGAAAAAAUGUACCGGGAUAACAGAUGCUACGAAAAGUCACGUGACUAUUUCCAUACAUUAUUUAAGUUUCGAUGGGUGUUUUCUAUCAAGGUUUGUCACCUUGGCUAGGCCCCCAGACAGUAUACUAUAAUCUGACAAACCAAGUUUUUUUAGUAGAAAAAAGAGCGAAAUUUAAAAUUUGUAUGGGAAAUCGAUCGCUUCUCAAAUUUGCCGCCUAUUUCUACUGACAAAGUUGGCUUGGCAGAGUAUAAGUUAUAGUUCAAUCUAGGUAUAUUUACUAUCAUUUUCAGACCAGGGUGCGUAGACAAGAUGUCAGUCGUUCACGCUCCGUAGCGUAGCGUAGUUUUCUUUCUCCAUCAGUAUUCCGUAUUAAUGCGACAGAGACAGAUGCGUUUCUUUCGCUACGGAGCGUUAACGAUUGGCAUCUUGACUACGCAUCCUGUAGCCUUACCACGACUGCCUUAGCAGAGUCAAACUGACAUGUUCGCCGACGUCUACGUCUAUUUACCUACUUUUCUAUCUUGCACUAAUACGAGAGUACGAGCGAGAUGCAUAGAAAGUAAGUUACGCAUACGCUAGCAAAUAUAUCAGUGUCAAACUUGUUGUAGCAGCCGUUAAGUUGAAUAGACUCAAAGAAUCGGAUGUUUUUAUCCACCAAUAGGGGAUCGGACGGGUAGGUCAAAUGUUACUUUUUAGAAAUGCCAAAUAAUUUUUCAGUUUGUAUCUACGUAUAGGUCAAAUGUUACUUUUUAGAAAUACCAAAUAAUUUUUCCGUUUGUAUCUACGUGUGACGUCAUCUGGAGUUCAUAGAGCUCCAGUAGCCAUCAAACUUUCUUUAUACAUAUUUAACAAAAGCGUCAUAGUAGUAAGAUUGAUUUCUCGUAUUAUUUCAAAUGUUUUUAGACUUGAUCUGGAAUAAUUUACUUAUAGUCCGCUUCCCUAAUUCAUUAGCUUGACUAUAGGAAAUUAGAAUUAGGACAAUUUUAUUAUUAAUUAGUACUAAAAUUUUAGAUAGGUAAUAAUUUACAGCCGUCAAAUUUCAUACCUACUUGUAGAUUUAAAGACUUUAAAGUGUUCAAACCCUGUGCUCAACUGUGAUUUUUACAAUUAAUAAUUAUAAUUAUUAAAUUGGUCGUGGUAUUACGUCAGUGAUUAUCUAUAUAAAUACUUACUGAGUUUUAUUUAUUGACAGUUGUUCCGUCUUAUAAAAAUACCUAGGAACUGGUCCUAUGCUAGGAUUAAGAUUCUGCGCUUUUGUGUUCUAUUUUAACGUAGGCAAUAUCUUUAGCGCACAAUUUUAAUCG